UCACUAGCCCAAAACACGAUAUUUUCCAUUCAGCUGUUUCUAAAACCGGUGCUUAGAAAUUCGCGCACUAUGUUUCAGCCAGAAAAACACGGCCUUGAGCCCGACUUUCAGCUAACUAAGUUCACCACCCAUACCGGGUGAAGUUGCAAAAUCCCCCAGAAAGUACUGGAGAAGUACCUAAGGGGAACAGAAAUAGAAAAUAAGAAAAAUGAUGGAUACCUUAUCGGCUCCGGAAUGGACUGCGCAGUGAUACCACUUAGGCGGCACAAGGACUAUUUGCUUAUUCAAACCGUUGACUUCUUUUAUCCCAUGGUUAAUGAUCCGGAAUUACUAGGUCGUAUUGCGUUGGCUAAUGUUUUGAGUGAUGUUUAUGCGGUUGGGGUGACGCAGUUUGAUACCGUGGAGAUGAUCGUCAGCACUUCGACGAGUUUCAGCGAGAAAGAACGCGACACUGUGAUUGCAUUGGUGAUGCAGGGUUUCCAAAACUCCCUAAGGGCAAAUGGAUAUCGUAAUACCCCGCUAAUUAUUAGACAACUGAAGAUCAAUCCCUGGUGCAUUAUUGGUGGCAUAGCCACGUCUGUCUGCCGAAGCGAGGAAAUAAUACUACCGUCGAACGCGCAGCCUGGCGAUGUUUUGGUCCUAACGAAGCCCUUAGGUGGACAAAUGGCGAUGGAUGCACACCUUUGGCAGCUUAACAAGACGGAAAAGUACAACAAACUGCUGUCUGAAUGUAGUGAUGAUGAUAUAAGAGAGACUUUUGAAAUUGCUGUGAAGUCUAUGACUUAUUUAAACAAAAAUGCCGCCCUUUUAAUGCACAAAUAUCAAGCGCACUGUGCCACUGACAUUACCGGCUUUGGACUACUGGGCCACGCCAAAAAUCUAGCCGAAUUCCAAAAAGAAAAGGUCUCAUUCCAAAUCAACAAGUUGCCCAUCAUCAAAAAUGUACUAAAAUUCAGCACCUUGGUGGGUCAAAGCACAAAGUUUCGUUCUGGCAGAUCGGUAGAAACCUCUGGAGGCUUAAUUUGCCUUCCCGCUGAUGCCGCAGAUCAAUUUUGCCGGGACUUUAAAGAGGCAACCAACGGAGAGCAAAAAUCUUUUCAAAUUGGACACGUAAUAGCCGCAAAUCAGUCUGACGCAGUUCUGUGUGACGAUGUAGAGUUGAUCGAAGUUAGCCUUUAGUUAAAUGGUACAAAUUAAUUAUUCAACUUAUGAGGACUAUUUCUUAAAGGCCUUCUGGCUCGGAAAUAGUCUGAACAUUAUUGUACAUGAGAGGUGUGCAAUAAUUUUGAUAAUUGGUCGAACCAUUUAAUCGAGAUUGGUUAUCGCGAUAAUAAAAACGACUACCGAUAUACAAAUCAUCGAUUCUUAACGCUCUAUAGAUUGUAA